UAUUUGCAAACGAAGAUGGGCUCUACUGAACAUUCCAAGACGUACGAUGUACUCAUCAUCGGUGGUGGCAUAUCUGGCCUCGCGGCAGCUCUCACUUUAGCUCGCCAGCAGCACACCGCAGUCGUUUUGGACUCGGAAGACUAUCGUAACGCACCCAGUCCACAUAUGCACAACGUCCUUACAUGGGACCAUACGGACCCCAGAGAGUUCCGGGCCGCUGCGCGCAAGAAUAUCCUGGACUACUAUACAACCAUUGACUUUGAAAAAGCCGACAUUGCUACACUCGAAGAAGUCGCUGGCUCGGGUCAGCAACAGUUCACGGCCACCGACCAGCAAGGGAACUGUUGGCGAGGAAGGAAGAUUAUCCUAGCAAAUGGAGUACAAGAUGUAUUCCCGGAUAUCGAGGGCUAUGCUUCGUGCUGGGCCAAAGGAAUAUACCAUUGCUUUUUCUGCAAGGGUUACGAAGCUAGGGGAGUUGAAUCGGCAGGAAUUCUCGCGGUGCCUGACCUAGCCUCAGCCCCUGCAAUCUUACAUGCCGCGCGAACUGCGCUGCGGUUCACGAAAUCCAUCACUAUCUACACGCACGGGUCAGAAGAACUCAAGAGUGCGGUGCAGGAGGCGCAGGGUGAAAACCAGAUCUUCAAGGUUGACUCUCGCCGUGUCGCACGAUUCGAGAAAGGGGACAAAUUUGCCGACGUGAACAUCCAUUUCGAUGACGGGAACGUGGUCAAUGAAGGAUUCCUUGGCCAUAAGCCGCCCACCCAGUCAAAGGGCGACUUUCAUGUGCAGCUGGGGCUGGAGAUGACGCCCAUGAAAGACCCUGUCUCUAAGCCUCUGUUUUGCGAGACGACCCGGAAAGGAGUUUUCCUCGGUGGGGAUGGGGCCUCGCCUAUCAAGAUCAUCCCUCAGGCUCUCUUUUCGGGAUCUUCUGCGGGGGCGGCAGCCUGUGCUCAGCUCCAGGCAGAGGACGCGGGACAACCCUGCAUUUUUUAG